CCCAUGCCCGCCUGGAAGCUGGAGGACCCCCCCUGCUCUUUGGAUCCCGGAGGCCCCGAUCGGCUCCAGAGGAGGAGGAGCUGCGUCUCUGCCCGAAAGCUCGGGGCCAAUCUGUGGGAGAUGCAGGACCUCUUGGAUUACUCCAGAAUGAGCCGGAGGAGCGCCAGGAUCCGCCGCCACAAGGAGGGGAAAGGCGUUGAUCAUGUUCUUGAUGAGUCGCUGCUUGAACCCGCUGAGCGACCUCUAAGUGUUGGUAGUUUAAGGAGGCAUGUUGCAGCUUCAUUGAUUCGACAACAUAAGUCGAGUGAAAGAAAUAGUCAAGCUCUCCAACCUAUAUCUCCUGCAAGUUAUAGCAGCUCAAUGGAGGUUGCAGCUUUUAACCAAGCUAUCACUCCUAGCAGUUCUUUAGAUAUGAAGAGGAAUCUCAAGGAGGCAGGAUAUAGCCUUAAAACAUCAACUGAAUUAUUGAAAAUUCUGAAUAGGAUUUGGAGCCUGGAAGAACAGCAUGCAUCCAAUGUAUCAUUGGUAAAAGCAUUGAAGAUGGAGUUAGAGCAUGCACAGAGGCGUAUCCAGGAGCUGAUGCAAGAGAAGCAAGCAUAUCGGCAUGAAAUGGAUGAUUUGGUGAAGCAAGGUGUUAAGGCCAAACUGGUCGGGAAGAACAAGGAGCAGGAAAGGAUUAAAGCAUCUGUACAGUCCAUAAGGGAUGAGCUUGAAGAUGAGAGAAGGUUGAGAAUACGUUCCAAAAGUCUGCACAGGAAACUAGGGAAAGAGUUGUCUGAAGUGAAAGCAGCAUUUUUGAAGGCAGUGAAAGAUCUGGAAAGAGGGAGAAAAGCAAAUAACCUUUUGGAGGACCUCUGCGAUGAGUUUGCAAAGGGAAUUAGGGAUUAUGAACAGGAAGUCAGGGAGUUGAAACAGAAGUCUGUAAGAGGUUGUGACCGUAAAGUUGACCGGAUGGUACUUCAUAUUUCAGAAGCAUGGCUGGAUGAGCGGAUGCAGAUGAAGAUUGCUGAAGCUAGGGCAGAUUUGGCUGAAAAAAGCAGAGUUACAGAUAAGUUAAGGGGUGAAAUUGAAUCUUUCCUUCGAGCUAGACAAUCCAGUAGCUCUAAGAAUGAUGGUGUGUACCAGAAAGAUGGAAAUUUGCGUCGCCAAUCCCUGGAGUCUGUCCACUUGAAUGGGGUUGCUAGUGCACCUCGAGAUGCUGAAGAUGAUGAUUCUGCUGCCAGUGACUUACAUUGUUUUGAGCUUAACAUGGUUGGGGGUGACAGUGAAAACUGCAACUGGAUAAAGUUGCAUGGUGGAAGUAGCACUGAGAAACUGAGCUCAACAAGAAAAUCUAACUUCACGGGGAAGAAAUUGGGAUAUUCUGAAAAUUCCAAAGGCCAGAAUUCAUCUGGGGUGCAAGCACAAUUUAAGGAACAAAUGGAUAAGACAAAGCUGUGUGGAAAUGAGCAGCUUAUGGAUGGAGAAUGGGGAAUACAUUCUCAGACUGAUGAAGAAACUGGAGGUGUGGAAACGGAUCAGAUUGAAACUGUUAUGCCCCAGAAAUCUGAUAAUCAUCGUAUUCCAGAAGUUGGGCAGGGCAUGGAUCUGAAGUGGGAUAGCAGUCAGAGAUCAGAUCAUUUGAUUGAUAACUCAGUGGAAAAGCAGUCAGAAAUUUGCAUGGUUGAUCAAGAUAAUUAUCACAGGGAACAGUCCCAAAAUCAAUUUUCAUGGAGGGGUCAUAUUGUUUUAGUUGGUGAGGACGCUGCUUCAGGGGAUUUCCACAAUCUAGCCAGUGCAGUGCAGCAGUGGAACUACCAGCAUACAUCUCCUGAUAUUGAGAUAUCUGAAUGCUUAUCAAAAUUACCAUGUGGAGUAAAAGAAAAUACUUUAAAGGCAAGAUUACUUGAAGCAAGGCUAGAGGGACAGCAUGCUCGCUUUAAGGUUUUGAAAGGUUCAGCUAUGGGCAAAAUUCGGCAAUGAAAUGGGCGCGAAUGCAGUGUCAUUGGCCGAGAUGCCAGUGUGCUUUGAAUAGCUGGUUGUUUAGAUACUGUAAAAGGUAUUUUCUGGAGCUAAAGAUGUAAUCUGAUUUCUUUCACUCUGUUACAUCCUUUCCUCUAUAAUUUUGGGAUUUACUUUAUGUAUACCAUGAGUUAUAAUAGAUUUGUGAAUGACUACCCGAGCACUAGCUUGAUUGUCCAUAUUAAUUUUAGCAGUUCAUUGUACUCUCGACAAGAGGCAGGUUUUUGACUAUAACUUCCACUAUAGUGAUGCCGGAUCUAGGGCUUAACCAUGCUAUUUGGUCAA